UACUUCAUUCUAUUCUUCAACUUAUUCGCCCUUUCAUUACUAAUUAAGUAAAAUAUGGCAGCUCCAAGAACCACAUUGAUGAACCUGGUUAUUGUGACCAUGCUCAUAGAAUCGGCCAUGGCAACCACUUACACAGUCGGAGGUCCGAAUGGCAGGUGGGAUUCAACUACUGAUCUUAAAACUUGGGCAUCGUCACAGUCAUUCUUAGUCGGAGAUAAUCUCAAUUUUCAGUACUCAACAAAGCAUGAUGUGAUUGAAGUGCCAAAGGCAGACUAUGAUUCUUGUCAAGCAAGGAACUCAAUUCAGUCUUACAGUGGUGGAAGCACUACCAUUACUCUAUCUUCUCCAGGCAAAAGGUAUUUCAUCUGUGGAACAACUGGACAUUGUAGCCAAGGAAUGAAGCUUGAAGUCAACACUCUUGCAACUUCUGCCGCACCAGCAGCUUCUCCUAUAAGCCCUUCCCCACUAGAAUCUCCUUUAGUUCCAACUCCUUCGCCGGCUACUCCUAGUUUGGCUCCGGAACCUUCUAUUGCCUCGCCGGCAGAACCGGUACCACAAUCUGCUCCCACAUUGUCCCCUACUCUGCCAUCUGGAUUGCCCAUCAGUCCUGCAUCAGACCCUACCGAUCACAUUCCUUCAACUGAAGCUCCUAGUUCCAUUUCUCGAACCGGGUCUUCACCGCAACCUUCUGCUUCAUCACCAAACUACAAAGGCGGUCUCCCAAUCAGUCUCACCGUCGCUUUCAGCGUUUUGAUCAUGUUGUUGCUAGCCCACUAGGGUUUUAAGCAAGGAAGAUUUACGUAAUUGUUCAUGAAGAAUGUAUUUAUUUGUGUGACAAAAUUUCCUCAGCAUUUUAUUCCAAUUUUAUACAAUAUUUAUAAGA